AUGUUUAUGUUAUACAUGAUUUUUCUUCUUGAAAUUCUCGAUGCUCGACAUUCCGAACCUGAUCGAAAAAUCUUUUCAACUCCGCCAACAACAAAACCAAAUCUUCCCAUUCACACUGUUGAAAAUAUUCAACAAUCUGAUCGUUGUGAAGGUCCUGAUUGUCGCUCUGGUCCGAAUCUCGUCGGGCCGAUAAUCGGCAUUGUUUGUGGUGUUGUUGUAAGUGCUCUACUCGGUGCUUUUCUCAUUUGGUUUUACUUCAAACAAAAAUCUCGGCAAAAAGAAAAACAGAUUUCAAAAAUUCCUGAAAUUAAAUCCGUCGAACAUCCAUCACUUUACACUGACACGAUCAGUACAACAGAUAAUUUAUCGCGAACUUAUUCAAUGAAUUCUCAUUAUUACGAAAAAAUCCAUUAA